UUCCUGAUAAACCAGUACACUCGUAGAUAACGGUAAAGAAAGCAAGCAAGCAAAAUUAAUCACGCCAUCAGAAAAAAAGAGCAACAAAGAGGAGAUCAUGGAUAAGUACAAAGUGACUCAUCGCCUCCUGAAACAAUCGAUAAAAUCACUUGUUAAUCGUCAAUUAACCUCCAAUAAUCCAAUCUAUCGCUCCAUUUCAGCUUUGCCGCUCGGAAAUGGAGGUCGGAAUCCACAACUGUACAGAAGUUUCGGUUCUUUAGCGACGAAAGUUGAGAGGAAUCCGUCGUUCUCGAGUCUGAAUUCCGAUGACGUGAGUUAUUUCAAGGGAGUGUUAGGGGAGAAAAACGUGGUUCAAGAUGAAGAUAGAUUGGAGACAGCAAAUAUUGAUUGGAUGCAUAAAUAUAAAGGAUCCAGUAAACUAUUACUCUUGCCUAGAAACACCGAGGAGGUUUCUAAGAUUUUAGAAUAUUGUAAUUCGAGGCGGUUGGCAGUUGUUCCACAAGGUGGAAAUACUGGACUUGUUGGCGGAAGUGUGCCGGUUUUCGAUGAGGUGAUUAUCAAUGCGGGUUCAAUGAAUAAGAUUAUAGCUUUUGACAAGGUCAGUGGCAUACUAGUUUGUGAAGCUGGAUGCAUAUUGGAAAAUCUUAUUUCUUACCUGGAUAACCAAGGAUUUAUAAUGCCACUGGACUUAGGUGCAAAAGGAAGCUGCCAAAUUGGUGGAAAUGUUUCAACCAAUGCAGGUGGUUUGCGCUUUGUCCGUUAUGGCUCUCUUCAUGGGAAUGUACUCGGUCUUGAGGCUGUUCUGGCAAAUGGCGAUGUGCUUGACAUGCUAGGGACAUUACGUAAAGAUAAUACAGGGUAUGACUUGAAGCAUCUGUUUAUAGGAAGUGAAGGUUCCUUGGGAAUUGUAACUAAAGUUUCAAUUCUUACUCCCCCAAAGCUAUCUUCAGUGAACAUAGCAUUCCUUGCAUGUGAAGAUUAUCUGAGCUGCCAAAAACUUCUAUCAGAAGCAAAGAGGAAACUUGGAGAGAUUCUGUCUGCAUUUGAAUUUUUGGACAGCCAUGCAAUGGAUUUGGUCCUAAACCAUUUAGAAGGUGUUCGGAAUCCAUUGCCUUCCGCAGUACAUAACUUUUAUGUGCUGAUCGAGACAACAGGCAGUGAUGAAUCUUAUGACAAAGAGAAGCUUGAGGCCUUCCUGCUUCACUCAAUGGAAUCUGGUUUAAUUUCUGAUGGGGUUCUUGCUCAAGACAUAAAUCAGGCAUCCUCAUUUUGGCGUAUACGCGAGGGUGUACCAGAAGCGUUGAUGAGAGCAGGGCCUGUAUACAAAUAUGAUUUAUCAAUACCGGUCGAAAAAAUGUACAGUCUUGUUGAGGAAAUGCGAUUAAGACUCGGUCAAUCAGCCAAUGUAGUGGGAUAUGGUCAUCUUGGAGAUGGCAAUUUGCAUUUAAACAUUUCAGCACCGCGAUACGAUGAUACGAUUUUAGCACAAAUUGAACCCUACGUAUAUGAGUGGACAUCUAAGCACCGGGGGAGUAUAAGUGCAGAGCAUGGCCUGGGACUGAUGAAAGCCAAUGAGAUAUUCUAUAGCAAGUCACAUGAAACUGUGCAACUGAUGGCUUCUAUCAAGAAAUUGCUGGACCCCAAUGGAAUCCUUAACCCAUAUAAAGUUCUUCCUCACUCACUCUGCUCUUACAGCUAAGUUCCUGGGACCCUUUUCCUCACUGUGGACAUUCUUAUCAUUGCCUGUGGAUAAUAUCUGACUAGGCCUUGUGGGGGUAAUUGAAGAAAGAACACUGUUGCUCGUAUUUUAUGGGAUAACUAUGUGCCCUGUAAGGCUCAAGAUGCAUAUGUAUCAUGCUGAAUACUUAAAUCCCCUUUGACACUGCUAUAAAUAAACAAUAUUUCCUCUA